UUUAAACACAUAAACAAAAAAACAAAAAUAAGUGAUACCAAAAUAAAAAAGAUGAUUCCAUCUUAUUAUCAUCUAUCAACAGUGUAUAUUUGAUACAUCAUAUCAUCAUAUCAUACUUAACCAUACCCAUAUCUGUAUUAUAACUACUAGAUCCAACUCAACUACCACUUUAGACUCAUAUCUCAUAUACCUUUAAUGUCAGAAUCAGAAAAUACCUUCAGACAGCAGAAAAAUAAUUGGAAUCGAUCAUUUCCAACUCAUAACAAUUCAAGUAACGUCAAUACCAACAAUCAUAAUGCCACCGAACGACCUAUCUUUGCUGAUUGGACUGAUUAUGUGAAAACCAGUGCCAAUAACUUAUAUACUCGAUUACCUAUGACAAAUCAAGAUGCUAAUAGUAAUCAAAUUCAAGAACCUUCAUGGUUUAAAUUAUCAAGAGUUGAAAAGAUUAUCGGAUUUGGAUGUUGUCUUGCAGCUUCAGUAUUAUGUUUUGUGAUUUGUUUUUUUAUGUUCCCUGUAUUAGCAUUAAGACCUAGAAAAUUUGCAUUAAUUUGGACUUUAGGAUCAGUAUUAUUUGUAUUAUCAUUUGGAAUCUUACAAGGUCCAAAUAGUUAUUUAAAGCAUUUAUUAUCAAGAGAAAGAAUUUUAUUUUCAACGAUAUUUUUCAGUUCAAUUUUAAUAACGUUAUAUUGUUCAAUUAUUUUAAAAAAUACAAUAUUAACUAUAUUUGCUAGUAUAAUUGAAUUUAUUGCAAUUUUAUAUUAUAGUUUUAGUUAUUUCCCAUUUGGUGCAACAACUGUAACUUGGUUUACAAGUUAUGUGGUGGGAUAUUUAGGUGGUUUAGUCGGUGGAGUUAUUCUAUAAAUAAAUCUGAUUCAAUCAAUGAAAUCAAAUCAAAACAAAUUAACCUAAUUUUAUUUAAUAAUGUUAUAUAUUUUAAUGUCAUUUUAUUUAAUAUAAACUUAAAUCA